AUGCACAGCCAUCCUGAAGGCCAAAGUAUUCCUCCCUUCUACGACUUUCCUACCCUUACAAGCGAAGGAGCACGAGGAGCCAUGAAGAAGCUUAUGAAAUCCCUUGGCAAGCUCCGUCACAUCCACCGCGGCGGAAAGCAGAAGACCGUUCAUUUUGAGUUGGGCAGCGUUCAAGCGACAGUGGAAUUCUUCGAACUAGCCCUUGCCAAGGCCGGCGAGGAGAUCGAGGCGGCCCUGUGGAGGGCUGUCCACAUAGUAUGGUCCAAGCGGCCCAGCAGAAUUGAGGGGGAUACGAUCUCGUCGGAUCCUGCCUCGCCUUUCGGUCCAGAUGAAGACGACGGGGGAUUUGGAGGCGAAAGGCGGGUGUUUGAAUUCCCUGACUCCGGGCCAGAGUCCGGGCCAGCGCAGGGCCAGGCGUCGCAGUCAAGCGAAGAGGAAAGUCCAGCUGAAGAUGAACAAAAGGGCGCCCAUGGCGUAGACGAGCAAGGGCGAAGACCCACAGCUCCCGUUCCCCCACGCAAAGAAAAGGAGCAAUCUCGUACAGGCACUAAAAAGAAACAUGGUUCCAAAGGCAAGAAGCCGGCCGCAGAACCACAUGAGGCCGCGGUGGGGACCUGGCUUCGCGAGCGGCAACAAGGUCUAAGAUAUGAUUUCUCUGGAGUCGCUGUAGAGGCCACGAGGGCACAGCUGCAAUCGGCAUUGCGUCUCAUCAUUCAGAUGAGCCAACCGUCCAAACAGCUGCGCUCAGAACACAUCGAGUUUACACAUAAGGGCAUACAAGUGCAAAUAGUUACUAGGGAACUAUUGGGAUUCCCCUGGGGUCAAAAACGGUUGUUAGAGGAGGCCGGCGCGAAGCUGGAGGAAGCGUUCAUUAAAGCAAUUGAAACAGUCGAAAGCAAGUUACCAGGCAAGCUCAACACCGUUACUGGAGCUGCUGAUGUUGUCUUUGAUGUAGCGUUUCUUGUGCUCGCGGACAGUCUUGACUCUGCGCCAACAACAGGCAAAUGCAUUGUGAAUCCGGUGGUGAAGUGGGUGUCUGCGUCUCAUCGAAUGUUCUGCAGACAGUAUAAUGGCUGCGACUUUUCAAAGAAAGCAUCUGAAUUCUUCUUCGCCUUACACUUUGUCAAGGAGGACCCGCAACAGGAGGUGCAGCAGCAGCACCAAGAGCAGCAGCAGCAGCAGCAGCAGCAGCAGUCGACACAAGGAAUGGAUGAAUUGCCUCUCACGCCGCAGAAGCUGCGGAAGGUGCAGCAAGUUGCGGAGGUCGCCUGCCUCCCCGAUCAGCUCGCCGUCGCGCUUCUUGUCGCAUCAUGCUGGAGUGUACAGCCCAAUGCUGCUGCUUACAUGCUGCUGCUCCUGCAUGCUCUUUCGUUGCUGCUGCUGGUGCUGCUGCUGCUGCUGCUGCUGCGGCGGCGGCAACGACUCUGGGGUACGAAGGCCCUGGUCCCGCUGCAGUUUACCUGCGGCCUGUUGGGGGUCUCUCCUAGAGAGCAGCUGAAGUUCUCCUUAUGGAGGCGGAGGCUUGUGCAAGACGACAAGUGUGUGGGUGUGGCUUACAUGGCUUGCUGCCUCAUCCCGCACGAGGUGACGAGCGUCAGCCGUUUGCCGCUGGAGCACAAGUCCAGAAAGAGUGGGGUUUUAAUCAUAGAAGCUUUUCGCUUUCUACCCAGGAUACCUGCUGCUGCUGCUGCUGCUGCUGCUGCUGCUGCUGCUGCUGCUGGUGCUGGUGCUGCUGCUGGUGAUGGUGCUGGUGCGCCACAAGCAAAUGCAGAUCCUGCUGCUGUGGAUGCUGCGAAGCAGCAAAUACACACACAGAUGCAGCAGCGAGCACCGGCAGCAACUCAGCUGCAGCAGCAACUGGCACCCCCCAGGCGAUCAGCAGCAACAGCAACAACUGCUGCUGCUGCUGCUACUGGCGGGCUGCACCAGCAGCAACAAGCAGACACGCCUGCUGCAUCGAUACAGCAUACAGGCAUCAGCAGCCACUUUGUGGAUCUACUGGACCUAUUUGACGCUGCUGAAGAGCGUCAGCAGCAGCAGCAGCAGCAGCAGCAGCAGCAGCAGCAACAGCAACAGCAGCAACAGACAGACGAGGAGCAGCAGCUUCCACAAGCUACUCAAACUCCCCUUGCUGCAAGUAGCGAGGUUCUUCACCAGCUGCUGCCGCUAGACCAAUCGCUGCAGCAGCAGCUAUCUCUCGAGGAGCAGCAGCAGCAGCAGCAGCAGCAGCAACAGCAGCAGCAGCAGCCUUCCUCACAAGAAGAGGGAGCACCGCAGCUGCAACUGCCGCUACAGCAGCUGGCAUCUGUAGAGCAGCAGCAGCAGCAGAAGCAAGAAGGAUCGCCUCUGCAUAGCCAGGGGGCAUUGCAGCAAGAGCCAUCACAGCAGCAGCAGCAGCAGCAACAGCAACAGCAGCAGCAGCAGCAACAGCACCAGGCAUCUGUACAGGAAGAGGGAUCGCUGCAGCAGGAUGAACAGCAGCAGCAGCCGCUGCAGCAGCGUCGUUCUUAUGCUGCUCUGGAUGCUCUCUUCUAUGCGGACGUUGCUGCUCACUGCAGAGACCCAGCAACAGCAGCGGCAGCACGAUCUGCUGCAGCAGCAGCAGCUGCUGCUGCUGACUUGCCCCCGGCUGUAAGGCAAGAGCUGCUGCAAAAGAUAACGCAGUCGCUGCCAGAACUGCAGCAGCUGCAGCAGCAGCUGCAGCAGGAAGGCCAGCAGCAGCAAAUAGCAGAUGGAGCCGCUACACCAGUAGACAAGCAGCAGCAGCAGCAGCAGCAGCCGCAGCCUGCUGAUGCCGUCACCCCUGCAGCAGCAGCAGCAGCAGCUGCUGCUGCUGCUGCUGCUGCACCGCCUGGAGCUGCAGCGACGCCUUCUGGUGUCUUGCAGGGGGACCGUCGCUCUGAAGAGCAGCAGCAGCACGAGGCAGCAGCAACAGCAGCAGCAGCAACGACACCUGCAGCAGGGCUCCUCCCUGCUGCUGCAGCAGAAGCACCUCCAGCAGCUUCUCUACCAUCGCCAUCUGCAGCAAGUGCUGCAGCAGACGCAACAGAUAUUCAAGAGAUAUUUGCUGCUGCUGCUGCAGCUGCUGCUGCAGCAGCAGAGUUGCCUGCGGCUCCGAUAGAACAUCCCGCUGCAGCUUCUCCUGCUGCAGCUGCUCGUGCUGCUGCUGCUGCUGCAGCAAGCGCUGUUCCAGCUGCAGCUGGCCCUGAUGUCGCUCCUGCUGCAGCAGGGGCGCCUUCUGCUGCAGCACCUGCUGCAGCUCCUGCUGCAGCUGCUCCUUACACCGCUCCUGCUUCUGCAGCACCCGCUGCUGCAGCUCCUGCUGCUGCAGCUCCUGCUGUCCCGGCACCUGCUGCUGCAGCUCCUGCUGCAGCAGCCCCCCCCGUCGCAGCUCCUGCUGCUGCAGCUCCUGCUGCUGCAGCUCCUGCUGCUGCAAUUCCUGCUGCUGCAGCUCCUGCUGCUGCAGCUCCUGCUGCUGCGGCUCCUGCUGCUGCGGCUCCUGCUGCUGCGGCUCCUGCUGCUGCAGCUCCUGCUGCCGCGGCUCCUGCUGCUGCAGCUCCUGCCGCUGCGGCUCCUGCUGCUGCAGCUCCUGCUGCUGCAGCGCCUGCUGCCCCCCCACCAGCUGCUGCAGCUCCUGCUGUUGCAACACCUAGUGUGAAGGGUUUGCUGAGUGCAGGCCAGUCUGCUGCGUCUUUGGACGAAGGCAAUGAAGACAGGGGGCUGCAGCAGUGGAAGCAAAGACAGGAGCAGCAGCAGCAGCAGCAGCAGCAGCCGCAGCAGCAGCAGCAGCGGCAGCAGCAGCAGCAGCGGCAGCAGCAGCAGCAGCGGCAGCAACAGGAGCAGCAGGCGCCUCAGUGGCCGACAGGUGGACGUGUUGAUGUUGAAACGCCAGCAGCAGGAUCAGGGUCAAGUUCAGCUGCAGCAGCAGCAGCAGCAGCAGCAGCAGCAGACACGCCUGCAUCAGCAGCAGACUGGCCACCACCCCGCAGGCCUGCAGCAUGGGUUCCCAAGCCCCCUGUGGGGAAUUUCGUCUUCAAGCAGCAGCAGCAGCAGCAGCGUCAGCAGCAGCAACAGCAGCAGCUGCAGCAGCAGCAGCAACAUCAGCAGCACCAGCAGCUGCAGGUUUCACCAUUGUCGCAGCAACCAUACGUCCAGCCGCAGCAGCUGCAGCUGCAGCAACAACCGCAGCUGCUGCAGCAGCAGCAGCAGCAGCCCGGAGUCCUGUUUUCUCCAGCUGGUGCACAACAGCAGCUGCUGCCGCAACAGCAGCUGCAGCAACAGCAGCUGCCGCAACAACAGCUGCAGCAACAGCAGCUGCAGCAACAGCAACUGCAGCAACAGCAGCUGCAGCAACAGCAGCUGCAGCAACAGCAGCUGGUGCCACAACAGCAGCUGCUGCCACAACAGCAGCUGCCGCAACAGCAGCUGCCGCAACAGCAGCUGCAGCAGCAACCUAUGCAGCAACCGCAGCUGCAGCAGCAGCUGCUGCAGCAGCAGCAGAGCUUCCCCCAGCCCAUGUGGCCGCAGCAGCAGCAGCUGCUGCAAACUGCACAGCCCCAGGCGCUUCCGCAGCCGAUGCAACUGCAGCAGCAGCCGCAACUGCAGCUGCAGCAGCAACCGCAGCAACAGCAGCCGCAGCAGCAGCAACCGCAGCAGCAGCAGCAGCAGCCACAGCAGCAGCAGCUAACAAAGAAACUCUUCAGUGUCUUCAAUCCAUUCCCAGAAAGACAACGCCCAAAGCCUUCACCCAGUGAACCCGAGCAGCAGCAGCAGCAGCAGCAGCAGCAGCAGCAGCAGACACCACAGCAACAGCAACCGGCACCUGGUCCGCCUCCACAGCAGCAUCAGACACAGCAGCAGCAACUACAGCAACCGCAGCAACAGCAGCAGCAGCAGCCGCAGCAGCAGCAGCCGCAGCAGCAGCAGCAGCAGAACACAGAAGGGGAGAAGAAGCGGACCCUCUUCACUCUCCCCUUUCGGCUGCGUCGCGGUGCAGGAGGCAGCAGCAGCAGCGGCAGCAACACUGCUGCUGCGCAUACACCUGAAGCCCCUGCUGCUGCUGCUGCUGCAGACCGCCCAGCCUCCGAGGCAGGGAAGCCGGUAGACAACGGCGAGCAGCAGCAGCAGCAGCAGCAACAGCAGCAGCAGCAGCAGCAACAGGAAGAGCAGCGCUUGGCUCACUACUGGCCCUUUGGAGCCCCCAAGGACCCUGCAGAAGCAACAGAAGCAGCAGCAGCAGAAGAAGCAGCAGCAGCAGCAGCAGCAGAAGAAGCAGCAGCAGCAGCAGCAACUGACACUCCUCGGCUCUCAUUCCACCGCUUCCCAGUAGAGUUUCCUGACUCUGUUCCUGCAGCAGCAACAGCAAAAACAGCAGCAGCAGCAGCAGCAGCAGCAGCGGGAAAGCCUGCUGCUGCUGUGGCUGCUCCGCAGUUUCCAGCAGCAGCAGAUGACGACCCUUUUGAGUUUCACUUUAGGUCCCCUGUGUCUGCUGCAGCAGCAGCAGCAGCAGGAGCAGCAGCAGCAGCAGCAGCACCAGCUGCUCGUCCCCCCUCGCCGCACCGCCAGAUCUGGCUGCCCCCUCUGAGGCUCCCCGAUGAGCAGCCUGGCGAUGAAGAAGAACAGCAGCAGCAGCAGCAGCAGCAGCAGCAGCAGCAGCAGCACGGGUUGCAGGAGGCAGAGUCGUGGUGGGAGCUCCCCGAGCGCGAGACAGCUGAAGCUUCUGAAUGGAAGCUGAGCAAGGCGGAGAAGCAAAAGCAGCAGCAGCAGCAGCAGCAGCAGCAGCAGCAACAGCAGCAGCAAACAGAAGCAAGGGGGCGGACAUGGCUGCAGCAAGACGUACAGCAGGACCGUCUGCAGCAGGAGUCGCAGCAGCUGCACGAGCAGCAACACAAGCCGCUGCUGCCGGAGCAGCAGCAGCAGCAGCAGCAGCAGCAGCAGCAGCAGCAGCAGGGGGUAGAUAAGCAACUGCUGCAGCAGCAGCAAAGCCCCAUCGAUGAAGAUGAGGCAGAGUGCAUGCACAGCUGGCAGCGGUCUGUCUCCUUCAGCCCCCUGCCGUCUCUGGGCCCCCCUGGGGGCCCCAGCAGCCACCGCAGCUCUUCUUAUAGAACCCCUGCUGCUGAUGCUGCAGCAGGUGCUGAUGAUGCUGCUGAUGCUGCUGCUGCUGCUGUAGAUCCUGCUGCUGCUGCUGCUGCACAAUGCCCUGCUGCAGCAGCAAAACAUGGAAAGAAAAAAGACAGCCAGCAUGCGUCACGCAAAUCCAAACACCACAAAAAAACUUCUGCUGCUGCUGCUGCUGCUGCUGCUGCUGCUGCUGCUGCUGGACAGAGUGCACAGGAUGACGGCCUCCCCGCAGACUGGGAAGACGCCUGGUGGGAGGCUGAUGCAGCAGCAGAAGAAGCAGACUUGGCAGCAGCAGCAGCAGCAGAGCAGCAGCAGCAGCAGCAGCAGCAGCAGCAGCAGGAGCUGAUGCACUGGACCACAGUCCCCCACUCGGGCGUGCACACCGCUGCUGCAGAUGCGCCAUAUGAACAGCAGCAGCAGCAGCAGCAGCAACAGCAACAGCAGCAGCAGCAGCAGCUGGCGCUAGCAGAUAUGCAUCAGCAGCGGCGGGUGGUUGAGGGCCACCACCCUCUUCAGGGGAGUCACUACACCGCCUUUCCAUCAAAACUGCAGCAGCAGCAGCAGCAGCAGCAGCAGCAGCAGCAGCAGCAGCCACCUCAUGUACAGGACUACGCCAGCCUGCAGCUGCAGUACCCCUCGCAGCAACUACAGAGUAUUCAGUCUCAGCAGCAGCUGCAUAUGCAGCAGCUGCAGCAGCAGCAGCUGCAGCAGCAGCGGCUGCAGGAGCAGCUGCAACAGCAGCAGCUGCAGCAGCAGCAGCAGCAGCAGCAGCAGCUGUUAUCAGGACAGGCGUUUCGUUCAGGGGAGGCGCAGCAGCAGGCUGCGUUGCCGCUUCCGCUGAAGGGCCAGCAGCACGCGUGGCUGCAGAAGCAGCAGCAGCAGCAGCAGCAGCAGCAGCAGCUGCAGCAGCAGCAAUACACGCAGCAAGGGUUCCCCCCACCUGCGUCUCUGCACCCAAAUGUUCGUUCUCCGGUGGAUCAUCCUUACGCUGCUGGGAUGCUGCUGCUGCUUCAGCAGCAGCAGCAGCAGCAGCAGCAGCAGCAGCAACAGCAGCAGCAGCAGCUGGAGAAGCUGCAGCAGCAGCAGGGGCCGAUACAGCAGGGGUUCCCGAGCCUUAGCGCCCCUCCUGCGGCGGUGUUUGCUUCGCAGCAGCUGCAGCAGCCACUGCUGCAGCGCAUGCAGCAGCAGCAGCAGCAGCAGCUGGAGCUGCAGCAGGAACAGCUGCUGCAGCAGCAGCAAACCGAACAGCAGAUGCCAGAGCAUUACCCACAGGAGCAGAAAAGCCGCCACCGGCGACGUAAGCAGCAGCAGCAGCAGCAGCAGCAGCAGCAGCAGCAGCAACUGCACAUGCAGCACUCAGCAUACCCACAGGCAUUACUGCAGCAGCAGCAGCAGCCAGGUAUGCCCCAGCAGCAUUCUUUAGGUGCAAGGGAGCAGCAACAGCUGCAGCAGCAGCUUCUGCAGCAGCAGCAACCUCGGCCCCCACAGCAGCAACUUCCGCUGCAGCAGCUCCCGCAGCAGCUGCAGCAGCAGCUGCAGCAGCAGCAGCAGCAGCAGCAGCUUGCGAUGCAGUUUCAGCAGCAGCCAGGGCCUGCAGUGUCUCCCCCCGGGCUGCAGCAGCUGCAGCAGCUGCAGCAGCCGCAGCAGCUGCAGCAGCUGCAGCAGCUGCCUCCGCAGAGCCCUUGGGCGCAGCGAUAUCAGCUGCAGCAACCGCAGCAGCAGAAGCAACUGCAGCAGCAGCGGCAGCUAAUGCUUCAACAGCAGCAGCAGCAACCGCAGCCGCAACAGUACCUGCAGCAGCAGCUGCAGCCGCAGCUGCAGCAGCAAACGGGAUGGCCUGCGUUUGUAGGUAAGGCUCAGGUCCCCAUGCAGCAGCAGCUUGCGCUGCAGCAGCAGCAGAUGCAGCUGCAGCAGCAGCAGCUUCAGCAGCAGAUGCAGCAGCAGCAGCUGCAGCAGAUGCAGCAGCAGCAGCAGCUGCAGCAGCUGCAGCAGCAAGUGCCUGUUAGCCGCAAUCCGUUUGCGCAGCCACGCAGCAGCCGGUUUGCUGCUGGGGCGCAUGCAGGUGCUGCUGCUGCUCCUUUUUAG